AAUCAAUCACAAUCCCCCAGGCUUACCCAGAGCCACUUGUUCUGGGAUAAAUAUAGAGACUGAUCCAACCUGUAACUUGAUCAUUUGGGUGGACCGUUUAAAAGUGCGUUUCCUCCCUUGCUUUUGCUUCAUUCUUCAUUCUACUGUCUCUCGUGCCUAACGCUGCUCGCUCACAACCCCACCACCAUUUGACUCUCCUCCCUCACGACGAAGAGAAGAAACGAGAGACCCCUGGAAUAGGUCUGAAGAAUAAUAAAUGGCUGCUACGACCACGACCACGACCACCGCCGCCUCUUCCACCUGCACAGGCAACAUCUGGGUGCUUCCCACUCAAGAUGCCGCCUGUGCUGUGCCGGCCUCGGGCAACUACUCCGAUAUUAUGAAGAAAUGCUGCUCGUCUGCAGAAGUCCGGUCCUACGAUAAUGAUUGCGGUCUGUACUGUCUAGCCCAGGGCCAGACGGUUUCCAGUCUCUUGAGCUGCAUCCAAGACAACGGCGCCACGGCGGGUGAAUUCUUCUGUAACGCCAACAUGUCUGCAACGGCCACUGCCACUGCCACCAAGACUGCUGAAAGUUCCUCGACCAAGACCUCCGCCGAUAGCUCGGCCUCGGCCUCGAAUACGGACAACGCGGGUGUAGUGAACAAGCCUCUUUCUAUGUCUGGCUUGGGGGUGUUGGCAAUGUUAUUCUGCUCGACUGUUGUGGGGGUUAUGGCUUAAUUGGGCUUUUCUUUUUUUUUCUUUUUUUUUUUUUUUGCGUUCAGAAUCUAGCAGGUGAAAUAAUCGAGGUUGUAUUGCAGUUCUACAUAGUUCCUGGGCUGACUGACUAGCUGAUCUGUAUUAUAGACUUCUUAGUCGCUACAACUCACUGCAGGCGGAGAGCAGCACAAAUGAGCAGCAGUUCACGGGCUGCACUUACUGAGAUCCCACUCCUUGCUUCGCCUACUUUGUGGCUUGUUUUUGAUGUGGUUUCCAAACUACGUCUUGGAAUAGCACCUGAAUGCUAGUUCGGCCUUGAUAUUCGCAUAGUUGAGCGAUAGGUUGCUAUCGUCAUUCACAUAUUCAGUAGAGAACGUAUAGCUCCCUAGCUAGCUACCUUGGUCUAGAAUAAAUCAGACCCGAUGACUCCCUCCCUGCGUCACCAAUGUAUGUACUAUUCAUCCUUGCGUUACCCUUGCAAUAGACCUGAAUGAAAGAAUAUGUCUCAUC